CUCGGCGUCUUCUCCCUCGCCUCCAGCCCCCAGCUCCGUCGGGGACCUCUCCCCUCUGCCUCGCUCCCAGGCUCCGGGAAUGAGGUUUCAAGGAGUUUCGAGAUGAAAAGAGUGGGGAAGGAGGGAGUUCAUGUCAGAUGACCUUGAUUUUCUGAGUAAAGGAAGAGAUUCCAUUAGUCAAGAUUCCAGUUUUGGAACCAAGGUAACAGAUCGGAUGCAGGACAUUUGCAUGGAGACAUCAUCCAAGACGAAACAACCAAAGGUUCUUCCUUUGCAUUCCAAGAUGACAGAUACUGGAAAAUGUGAUGUUAAUUUAGAGAAACAGAAGGGCAACCCAGAAAGACAAUCCAGACAAAUAACAAUCACUCCUAGAAAAACUAAUAGUAAAGGCGGGGUACCUGGCAGAAGUUUUAGCCUGGGGUCAGUCUCUGUUCCACUGUGGAGAAGGAAAAGUCUUAGAAAAUGUGAGACACUUGAAUCAAGUAUUGGGGAUAAAAAGAAGAACGUGUCUAAGUAUAACAGAUUUAGGAAGCCUUUCAUUUAUCACUCAGACCUAAUUAAAUUUCAUAGACUACAUAGUAGAGAAAAACUUUAUGAACACAAUGAAUGUAGAAAAGCCUUUGGGAGACAAUCAAAUCUUGUUAGAAACUUGGGCAGUCUUACAAGACAGAAAUAUUACGAACGUAACAAAUAUUGGAAAGUCCUUAACCAGAGGGGAGAACUGGUUUAUCAGAGAAUUCCUCCUGGAGUAAAAUUCUUUGAAUGUAAUGUGUGUGGGGAAGCCUUUAAGGAAAAAGAAAUGCUCAAAAAACAUGAAAGUAUUCAUACUGGAAAAAAACAUUUUGAAUGUAAUAGAUGUAGGAAAAGCUUCAUCCGAAAAGAAAAUCUAAAUACCCAUAAGAAAACCCACACUGAAGUGAAAGCCUUUGAAUGUAGUGAGUGUGGGAAAAGUUUUGGACGGAAGGUACACCUUGUUAGACAUCAUAAAAUUCAUACCCGAGUGAAAUCAUUUGAAUGUAAAGAAUGUGGGAAAGUCUUUGGUGAAAAGGGACACUUCAGUAUCCACCAAAGAACUCAUACUGGAGAGAAACCUUUCACAUGUAGUGAAUGUGGGAAAACCUUCAGUGAGUGUAAAGCUCUCAAAAGCCAUCAGAAAAUUCAUAGUGAAGAGAGACCCUUUGAAUGUGAUGUAUGUAAGAAAGCCUUCAGUCAGAAGGGACACCUUAUUUCUCAUCAGAGAACUCAUACUACAGUGAGACCUUUUGAAUGUAAUGUAUGUAGGAAAUCCUUUAGUCAGAAGGGACACCUGGUUUCUCAUCAGAAAACUCAUAAAUGUAAUGAAUGUGGGAAAAUCUUCAGUGAUAGUAAUGUACUCAAAGACCAUCAGAGAACUCAUACUGGAGAGAAACUGUAUGCAUGUGAUAAAUGUGGGAAAGGCUUCAUACAGAAGUCAUACCUUGUUAAACAUCAGAGAACUCACAAUGGAGAGAAACGCUUUGAAUGUAAUGAGUGUGGGAAAGCCUUUCGUACAAGUGUACACCUCAGUACACACCAGAAAACUCAUACAGGUGAGAAACCCUUUAAGUGUAGUGAAUGUGGGAAAGGCUUCAGCCAGAGGGAAAAUCUUAUUAAACAUCAGACAACUCAUACUGGGGAGAAACCCUUUGAAUGUGAUGUUUGUAAGAAAGCCUUUAGGCAGAGAGCACACUUGGUAUCUCAUCAGAGAACUCAUACUGGAGAGAAACCCUUUGAAUGUACUGAGUGUGGGAAAGCCUUUGGUGAGAAGCGAACCCUUAAUAGACAUCAGAAAACUCAUGCUGGAGUGAAACCCUUUACAUGCAACGAAUGUAAGAAAACCUUCAGCCGAAGGACAGGCCUUAUCAUCCAUCAGAGAAUUCAUACUGGACAGAAAGUUUUUGAAUGUAAUGUAUGCAGGAAAUCCUUCAGUGAGAGGAAAAAUCUACUUUCUCAUCAGAAAGCUCAUACUAGAGAAAAACCUUUUGAGUGCAAUGAAUGUGGGCAAACCUUCAGUAAGAAUGAGAUGCUUGAAAUUCACCAGAAAAUUCAUGCUGGGAAGAAACCCUUUACAUGUGAUGAAUGUGGGAAAGGUUUCGUGAGGAACUCAUACCUUAUUAGACAUCAGAGAACUCACACUGGAGACAAACCUUUUAAGUGUAAUGAAUGUGGGAAAAGAUUUGUCCAGAAGGUACACUUCCUUUAUCAUCAGAGAAUUCAUACUAAAACAAAAAAUUUUGAAUGUAGUGAGUGUAAAAAAGCCUUUGGUGACAAGGUACUCCUUAGUAGACACGAGAAAACUCAUUCUGGAGUGAAACCUUUUAAAUGUAAUGAAUGUAAGAGAGCCUUCAGCCAAAGGACAAGCCUUAUUAUCCAUCAGAGAUCUCAUACUGGAGAGAAACCCUUUCCAUGCAAUGAAUGUGGAAAAUUUUUCACCCAGAAGACAGUUCUUAUUACUCAUCAGAAAAUUCAUACUGGAGAGAAACCUUUUAGAUGCAAUGAAUGUGGGAAAAGUUUCAUCCAAAAGGUAGUCCUUCUUAACCAUCAGAGAACUCAUACUGUAGAAAAACCUUUGACUUGUAGUGAAAAAGUAGAAACCUCCAGUAAUAGUACCCUAAAUACCCCAAUAAUACCCCAAAGCCAACAGAAAGUUCAUUCUGGAGAGAAACGAUUUUGUUGUGGUGAAUGCGGUAAAGGCUUCUGCUGGAGAGCAAACCUUAUUAGACACCGGAAAAUUCACACUGGAGAGAAACCCUUUGAAUGUAAUGAAUGUGGGAAAGCCUUCAUUGAAAAGAAUUACCUUGUUGCCCAUCAGAGAAUUCAUACUGGAGAGAAGCCCUAUGAAUGUAAUGAAUGUGGGAAAGCCUUCAGCCGAAGAACAAACCUUAUUACCCAUCAAAGAAUUCAUACUAAAGAGAAACCUUUCCCGUGUAACGAAUGUGGAAAAGCCUUCAGUAGGGGUAAAGCCCUCAAAAAGCAUCAGAGAAUUCAUACUGGAGAGAAAUACUUUGAAUGUAAUGUAUGCAAGAAGGGCUUCAAUCAUAGGGGACACCUGGUUUCUCAUCAGAGAACGCAUAAGAGAGGGAAACCUUUCUCAUGUGAUCAGUGUGGGAAAAUCUUCAGUCGAAGGACAGUCCUUGUUAGACAUCAAAAAACUCAUUCUGGAGAGAAACCAUUCUCAUGUAGUGAAUGUGGGAAAGCCUUCGGUGAAAGUGAAACCCUCAAAAGGCAUUGGAGAGUUCAUACUGGAGAGAAACCCUUUGAAUGUAAUGUAUGUAAGAAAGCCUUUAGUCAGAAGGGACACCUGCUUUCCCAUCAGAGAACUCAUACUGCAGUGAAACCCUUUGAAUGUAAUGAACAUGAGAAAAUCUCCAGUGAGAAGGAUCAUCUUAUUACCCACCAGAAAACUCAUACUGGGGUAAAACCUUUCACAUGUCUUGAAUGUGGGGAAGCCUUCAGUGAGAGUAAAGACCUCAAAAAACAUCAGAGAACUCAUAGUGGAGAGAAAUCUUUCACAUGUAGUGAAUGUGGGAAAGCCUUCAGUGAGAGUGAGGCCCUCAAAAAGCAUCAGAAAAUUCAUACUGGAGAGAAAUCCUUUGAAUGUAGUAUAUGUAAGAAAGCCUUUAGUCAGAAGGAACACCUGAUUUCUCAUCAGAAAACUCAUAUUGGAGUGAACUUCUUUGAAUGUAUUGAAUGUGAGAAAACCUUCAGUGAGAAGGAUCAUCUUAUUAUCCAUCAGAAAACCCAUAGUGGGGCAAAACCUAUCACAUGUCUUGAAUGUGGGGAAGCCUUCAGUAAGAGUAAAGAUCUCAAAAAACAUCGGAGAACUCAUAGUGGAAAGAAAUCUUUCAUGUGUAGUGAAUGUGGGAAAGCCUUCGGUGAAAGUGAGGCCCUCAAAAAGCAUCAGAAAAUUCAUACUGGAGAGAAACCCUUUGAAUGUAGUGUAUGUAAGAAAGCCUUUAGUCAGAAGGAACAUCUGAUUUCUCAUCAGAAAACUCAUGUUGGAGUGAACUUCUUUGAAUGUAUUGAAUGUGAAAAAACCUUCAAUGAGAAGGAUCUUCUUAUUACCCAUCAGAAAACCCAUACUAGGGUAAAACCUUUCACAUGUCUUGAAUGUGGGGAAGCCUUCAGUGAGAGUAAAGAACUCAGAAAACAUCAGAGAGCUCAUCGUGGAGAGAAAUCUUUCACAUGUAGUGAAUGUGGGAAAGCCUUCAGUGAGCGUGAAGCCCUCAAAAAGCACCGGAGAGUUCAUGCUGGAGAGAAGCCCUUUGAAUGUAAUGUAUGUAAGAAAACCUUUACUCAGAAGGAACACCUGAUUUCUCAUCAAAAAACUCAUACUGCAGUGAAACUCUUUGAAUGUAAUGAAUGUGGGAAAAUUUUCAAUGAGAAGGAUAGUCUUAUUACUCAUCAGAGAACUCAUAAUGGAGAGAAAUCUUUCACAUGUCUUGAAUGUGGAAAAGCUUUCAAUGAGCAUAAAGCCCUCAGAAAGCAUCAGAGAAUUCAUACUGGAGGAAAAUCCUUUGGUGAGAAGGAACACCUUAUCACACACCAGACAACCCAUACUGGAGAGAAAGCCUUUGAGUGUAGUGAAUGUGAGAAAAGCUUCAGCCGGAGGGAAAAUCUUGUUAGACAUCAGAUAAUUCAUACUGGGGAGAAAUCUUUUGAACGUAACAAAUAUAGGAAAUCUUUCAGCCAGAGGAUGCACUUCAUUUAUCAUCAGGGAAUUCAUGCUGGAAAGAAACCCUUUGAAUGUACUGAGUGUGGGAAAGCCUUUAGUGAGAAGCGAACCCUUAAUAGACAUCAGAAAACUCAUACUGGAGUGAAACCCUUUAAAUGUAAUGAAUGUAAGAAAGCCUUCAGCCGAAGGACAAUCCUUAUUAUCCAUCAGAGAACUCAUACUGGAGUGAAACCUUUCAUAUGUAAUGAAUGUGGUAAAGCCUUCAGCCAAACAGGACAUGUCAUCCGACACCAGAGAACUCAUACUGGAAUGAAGCCCUUUGAAUGUAAUGAAUGUGGGAAAUCCUUCAGUGAGAAGGAUCAUCUUAUUACCCAUCAGAGAUCUCAUACUGGAGAGAAACCCUUUGCAUGUAAUGAGUGUGGGAAAGCCUUUAGCCGAAGGACAAUCCUUAUUACCCAUCAGAGAACCCAUACUGGAGUAAAACCCUUUGAAUGUAAGGAAUGUAGGAAAGCUUUCAGCCAGCGGGGACACCUCAUUUAUCAUCAGAGAAUUCAUACCGGAGAGAAGCCCUUUGAAUGUAACGAAUGUGGAAAAGCCUUUAGCUGGAGGGCAAACCUACUUACUCAUCGUAGAACUCAUACUGAAGUGAAACCUUUUGCCUGUAAAGAAUGUGGGAAAACUUUCAUUGAGAGGCAAACCCUUUUUAGACAUAAGAGGACUCAUGCUUCACCAAAAUCCUGUUCAGUGUAAUGAACAGGGGUAGGUUUUUGGUGAGAGGCAGGCCAUCGUCAGACAGAAGAGAAAGAACACAGAACUGAUUUCCUUUGAUUUGUCAUUAAUAUGGCAAAGCCUUUAGUGAGAAGAAAGUACCAAAAAGCCACCAAAGAUCUCGUACUGGAGAGAAAGGGUCCUGUUCCAGGUAGUGUUAGGACAUGUGACAAGAUGGCCUGGUUGAAAGGUGACUGACUGCAUAUAUUAUACUAGUGCAGUUUGCACUCAUUCAUCAGUCAAGACUUCUAUCUGCCUUUCCUGCCCCAACCUAUUUGCUGACUUCCAAUUCACAUUUCCAACUGCCUUUCGACACCUCAAACUGCUUGUCCAGUAGACAUCUUAAACUGAACAUCUCCAAGACACAACUCAUCUUUCCCUCUAAACUCUUCCCCCACCUGCUUUCCCUGUUGUCCAUCCACCCAUCUCUCAGGCUCACAACCUAGGAGUCAUCUUGAACUUACUCUUUCACACACACCCCCAUGUCCCAAUCUAUUGCUAAGGCCUGUUGAUUUCACUUCUGUAACAUUUCAUAUAUGCUUACUUCUCUCUUCUGAUACUGCCACCACUAUAGUGCAGACCCUCAUCACCUCAGACCUGGACUAUUGCAA